AUAUUCCAAUGGACUCACGCGAUCGGCGUCGACAUCAGAGCUCGCUAAAUCGCGCGACCAUUGACUCCAUCACAGGAAACAGCGGUACUUACCAAACACUUAUACAGAUGUAAAUAUUGCCGGAGGGAGAGGGGAACCUCAUUCUGAUCCGAUAUACUGACGAUGAUUACCCUGACGAUGGAAUGUCAUCUGAUCUUUCUCGUGACAUUAAUUGCGCUAUGUGAGGGGUCCGGACACAUCUCUCUGACUAUGGUGCGUUACUACAAUCCAGGGGGUCGGGGGAGAAACGGACACCCGUGUGACGGGAAAUUCUUCUUCAGCGGAAGUGACUGUGACCACAGAUUUACCAUCUGUCUGGACCAAUCAAAUGGACCCAACAAUGUAUACAGGUGUCCGUUUGGAAGGAAAUCAACAGGCGAAGUUUCCAACAAUAACAACAACUACUUCGGCGGAAAUGUAGGAGGCGUGGCCAACCCAAUGAUAUUUCCCUUUGCCUUAUGGCCGGGUGGCAUUAAGAUUAAGGUAGAAGUAUGGGAUGCUGACGAUAACGACGAUGAUUACGUUGACUUUCUGGCUGCUAUUUAUAGAACUAUUCCUGGUUUCAACGUCACUUCCGCUUCAUUGAUACCGUACACACUCGUCUCACGCACAACGUUAUGGUUAAGGUUGAAGGUUUACUGCGACCAGGACUAUUAUGGGGAAUACUGUGCCACCUUCUGUCAGCCACGUGACAAUCAUUUUGGACACUAUACCUGUGACCCCAACACGGGAUCUAAAAUAUGUUUGAAAGGCUGGCAAGGGACAUUGUGUCAUGUCCAGAUUGACAAUUGUCAACGUUCACCUUGUCUUAAUAGCGCCACCUGUGUCAACUCUCACGGAGGCUUUCUUUGUAUCUGUGCAGACGGAUUCAAUGGCACACGAUGUGAGAUUGAUUUAGAUGAGUGUCGAUCCUCCCCUUGUCAAAAUAAUGCAACUUGCACAGACCUUAUAAAUGGAUUUCAUUGCACGUGUUUGAAUGGAUUUUCUGGAAGGACGUGUUUGGAAAAUAUAAACGAUUGUUUGUUAACCCCUUGUAAAAAUAAUGCUACCUGUACAGAUCUGAUUGGAGGAUUUGAAUGUCAAUGCAGAGGGGGUUGGUCAGGUAUGCAUUGUGACGUCAAUAUUGAUGAAUGUAGCAGCAGUCCAUGUCAUGGGAAUGCAACAUGUGUAGAUGAUAUAGAUAGCUUCCGGUGCAUGUGUCCUCGAGGUAUUACUGGCAGACUUUGUGAUUCUGAUGUAAAUGAAUGUCGCAAUUUUUCAUGUGGAAACGGAGGUACCUGUGUUAAUACAGUCGGAAGCUUUUACUGCGCAUGCCCUGUGGCAUGGAUUGGGGAAACCUGUGAGAUAGAUGUAAAUGAGUGUGAUGACAAUCCUUGUAUAAAUGGAAAAUGCACUAAUUUAGAGGGAGAUUUCUAUUGUAAUUGUUCCAAGGGGUGGAUUGGUGCUUUAUGUGAUGUUGAUGUUGAUGAAUGCGUGUCCUCCCCCUGCUUUGGAUCUGCCACCUGUGUAAAUAGUAAUGGCAGCUUCUCUUGUGUCUGUCCACCAAGUUAUUCUGGUAAAGUAUGUGAACAAAAUAUUAAUGAAUGCAAUUCCAAUCCUUGCUUACAUAAUUCCACAUGUAGCGACGGAGUGAACAAUUUCCAUUGUGCAUGUCAGUCUGGUUUUUCUGGUAAACGUUGUGAGAAUAACAUUGAUGAAUGCAUUUCCAAUCCUUGCCAACAUCAGUCCACGUGUAUCGACACAUUUGGGUCUUUUGAGUGUUUAUGUCCGCAGGGCAUUCAAGGAACUGUAUGUGAGGUUGAUGAAAACGAGUGUGAAUCAAAUCCAUGCUUUGGAUCCGCGACUUGUGUAGAUGAGGUGGGUGGGUACAGCUGUGUGUGUCCUUCAGGAAUGGAAGGUGAUAACUGCCAAACUAACACCGACGAUUGUGCUACGUCUCCCUGUGCUUCAAGCGCUACAUGUGUGGAUGGACUUGCUUCCUUUAGUUGCAUUUGUGCAGAGGGAUUCACCGGAGAGCGUUGUGAUGUUGAUAUUGAUGAAUGUCAGUCUAACCCAUGUCAGAACCUUUCCACUUGUGUGGACACGGUGAACGGAUAUCAAUGUAUCUGUCCCCGUGGAACGACUGGAACACUUUGUGAGAAAAACGUCAAUGAAUGUUCCUCUAGCCCAUGUCUAAACGGAGCUACAUGUAUUGAUGCUUUGGAUGGUUACUUCUGCACAUGCGCUGUAGGCUUCACGGGAUUAAACUGUGAGUUAGACAUUGAUGAGUGCACCUCCAGUCCUUGUUUUAAUAAUGGGACGUGCAUGGAUGGAGAAGGGAGGUAUAUCUGUCAGUGUCCACCUGCUUUUACUGGAGGAAACUGCGAGGUUGAGAUUAAUGAAUGUUCUUCAGAUCCCUGUCAUAAUGGGGGCACUUGUCUUGAUGGGCUUGGAGAAUAUACGUGUCUCUGUCCUCAGGGAUACACAGGUUUUUACUGCAAAAGCGAAAUUGACCAUUGUUACCCUAAUCCUUGUCUUCAGGAAGCAGAAUGUCAGAAUGCCAUUAUCGGAUUCACUUGCAAAUGUCUUGGUGGAUAUGAAGGGGAACUCUGUGAUGAGGACAUCGACGAGUGUGCUGAGUCUCCAUGUGGAAAGCAAGGCCAUUGUGAAAACUUUCCAGGAACAUUCUCCUGCUCAUGCCCUGAAGGACUUCAAGGUGAGCUGUGUGACGUAGAUGUGGAUGAAUGUCAAGAGAAUCUCUGCCAAGGAGACUCCACUUGUAUCAAUGAAUUCGGAUCCUUCCGAUGUCAAUGUGAAGUAAAUCUGUCAGGUACCUUGUGUGACGUUAAGAAUGAUUGCUAUAGCAACCCCUGUCAGAACGGGGGCACGUGCAGCGUCUCUGAGGGAGAGGGUUACACGUGUCAGUGUAUGGAAGGCUGGGUUGGGCCAACGUGUUCAUUACAAAUUACACCAGACUGCAGUGGCAUAACAGUAAAAGAAAAUAGGGGAAAAAUUGACCAGACAUAUUUUAUGAAAAAUUUAAAGAACUUAUUAUCGGAAGGAUAUAAGGUGCAGCAGUCCGAAGUCUAUAUAUUGGUAAACAACUCAAUGGAACAAAAAGGAAAUAAUUUAUCCGAUACAUUGCUAACAGCGAGAGUUUUCAUAAAAAGCCGAGCUGUGUGUUUAGGGGAGCUACAACCAUUGUUAACAGAGAUGAAGAAUUCCCUCGUAUCUGGGAGUCAACCACUUAGUAAUGAGAUCAUACAUAGCAAAAGCAAUCAGAGCUGGCUGUCCCUGAACUGGUAUAUUGUAGUGAUAGCCGUGGUGUCCGCCAUAUUGAUUCUGUCCAUUAUAUUCUUUGUUCUUAAGAAGAGGAAACAGCAAAAACACGUAAUAAACGGAAGUCGUCGCUAUAACAACGACUCUGACGUGGCUCAUUUGGACGAGGCCAAUGGCUUUAUACCAAUCACAUUCGAAAACUCCCUGUACGCUACGGUCCAGCCCGAGGAACCUAUCAGAGUGUCGACCAGAUACGACUUCGAUGACAGUUGAUUCAGAGAGAGAGAGAGAGAGAAACAGUGAAAAGAGAGAGUAGGGCAAUAGUGAGAGAGAGAAAGAAAAAGAAAGCAGUAAGAGAGAGAAAAAGGAAUAAAGCAGAGAGAGAGAAAGAAAGCAGAGAGAGGCUGAGGCAGCAGAAAAAGAGAUAUAAUCAGUGAGAGUGUGUGUGAGAGAUCGAGAAACAGAGAGGGAAGGAGGCACUGCAAAGAGAGAGCACUGAUGAUUUUUUUUCUUCAUUUUUUUGUGUCUAGAAUGAAAAAGAGAAAAUGAAUUUAACAUUUCAUCACUACAAAAAUACUCUUUAUUAGUUGUCAUUUGUAAUAAAUAUUGGUUUAUAAAAGAAG